AUGCUGACUUUGGUCCUCCACCUCCUCCACCGAGACGAUACGAUGUUUGGGGCAUGGACUAUCGACCAUAUGACCAGGGUGGACCAGUUGCAGAGCAAAGUCGAGCAGCUCUACCGCAGGGUCAACAGCACGGUCAGAACACUGACUUCGGUCCUCCGCCUCCUCCACCACGACGUUACAAUGUUUGGGGCAUGGACUAUCGUCCAUACCUAG